AUGGUUGCUCGAACAGCUCGUGAAAUUCUUCGUUGGCUUGAAAGUCUUUAUCUCACAUAUCCUAUAGUUGUACCAAAGUGGGAUUUAUCAAAUGGAUUUGCUUAUGCUGAAAUUUUGCAUGCUUAUUUUCCUAAUGAAAUCAGUAUGUUCACUUAUUUAAAUGGGCGUUCAUUAAAUUCUCGUUUAUCGAAUUGGUCACUUAUUAAGCAAUUUAUAGCAAGAAAAAAGAUUCCAAUUUCAAAUGAAUUCAUCGAUGCAACAAUACAUGGCAAAGAAGGAGGAGCCGAACGAUUGUUGGAACAAACCUAUGAAUUGUUUACAAAUAAAAAAGCAUAUAUAGAUCCUACAAAUGAACGUACUGAUGAUUUUACUGAUUAUUGUUAUCAAAGAAACUUGCAUAAUUUUGAACGAGCACAUACAUCGAAAUCAUUAAAGAAUAAUCUAAAACUGACUGAAUUAAUUACUGAUCCAUCGGAUGCAUAUAGAACGAAAAAGAGCGCCGAUAUUCUUCGUCAAUCGAAACUUGAUCGAGAAAAUAUUCGUGUUGGUAAUCCAGAAAGAUUUGAUAUUAAACCAACAUUAGCUGAACGAUGUUUACGAAAACCUCUUCGACCUGAUUCCACUGCUCAAGAUUGGUAUAUAAAAUCAUUUGAUUCUCGUUCACGUUCAGCCACUUCAACAACUGUUAAAAGUAAUAGUUUCAAGCAACAAUCACGAGAAACUUCAGCUGAUGUAUUAAAGAAAAGCUCAAUGUCACAACAUCAUAGUGAUAAAGGAUUCAUUCAGGCUGAUGACAAUAAUUUAUUUUACAAGGAAAUCGUUUUAAAACAACACUCGGUACCAUUAAGUGACCUUAUGCAGAUAAAUCAAUCUUGA